AUGGCUUAUUCAGACGCGCAUAAGGUUCUGUUUGGUACUCAUAUGUUGGCUAAGGAAGUAGAGUAUUGGUGGGACAAUGCUCAUCAAAGGCUUGAAGUUGUAGGUACUGAGACCACUUGGGAGAAUUUCAAGACCGUGUUCCUUGAGAAGUACUUUUAUACUGAUGUUUGUAUCAAGAAGGAGAUUGAAUUCCUUGAGCUAAAACCAGGAAACAUGAUUGUUGAUGACUAUGCUGUGAAGUUUGAGGAGUUGUCUAGGUUCUGCCUGCAUUACAAUGGGAUAAGAGUUAUGGGUUCCAAGUGUAUCAAGUUUGAGAGUGACUUGCAUCCUGAGAUCAAGCAAUUCACCAGGUACCAGGAGAGUCGUUUGUUUUCUUUGCUGCUUAAUAAGUGUAGUAUCUACGAUGAAGAUAAUCGUGCUAGAUAUGCUCAUUAUAAGAGUAUUAUUGAGAAGAAAAGUGGAAGUCUAAAAUAUGGAAAACCUGAUGGGGCUCCAGCUGAUAAAGGGAAGUUGAAGGCUUCAUGUGGGAAAGAGACAAGUGGGGGAGGAAGUUUUGUUCCUCUGAAAUGUUUCAAGUGUGGGAAAAUAGGUGUGACAUAUUCGCUUAUAUCUCUUGAUUGUACUAAGAAUUUGAAUCUUGAAGUGUCUCAUAUGGACUUUGGUAUUAACUUAGUCUGCUUACCGUUAAGUCAACUUAAUGUUAUCCUGGGAAUAAACUGGUUGGAGUUUAACCACAUUCAUAUCAACUGUUUUGAUAAGUCUUUUAUGUUUCGAGAGUUUGAAGAAGGUGAAAAUAUGAUGUUUAUAUCUGCUAAGCAAGUGAAGGAGUCCUUGGAGGAUGACGCUCGAGUGUUUAUGAUGUUCGCUUCGUUGAAAGCUGAAAGCAAAGUUGUGAUUGGUGAUCUACCAGUGGUAUGUGAUUUUCCAGAGGUGUUCCCAAAUGAUAUUAGUGAUUUUCCACCAGAAUAUGAGUUUGAGUUUGUCAUAGACUUAGUACAUGGUACUAGUUAUGUGUUAGUGGCACCUUAUAUAAUGUUUACGUCAGAGCCGAGUGAGCUAAAGAAACAGUUAGAGGAUCUUCUUGAAAAGAAGUUUGUUUAA